UUGGCUCAAAGACGGAAGUGACGCAUGCCGGCCGGUGGCGGGAACGUAUCCGCCGUCUUCAUUGUGUGCCGCUCCGUCAUUCUUUACAUAAACCCUAAAUAAUUCGCAUAAUUGCUAUUAUACCUAUUUAUUUAUAGAUAUGUUCUGUCAGUAUCAGAUAACAAAGGGCUUGUGACGCUGUCCUGAAGAUUUAAUCAACGUCAGGAACACAAACAUCACAGUGCGCGAGACCGACCAUUAUCAGAAAAAUAUUGAUAGCACAAUGAGCUUUUUUAACCUGGACCGGUUCCGUUUCCAAAGGGACAACGCGGUCGGCAUUCACCGUAAAUCACCGGACGGCUCAAACUCGGACAAAGAGAAUAAGCAGGCUCAUCAAAGAAAGGCGGAUGGUCAGUUUCCAUCAGGCAAGACAUCAAGACAAGUACUAGAAGAUGUUUCUUCAGAUGACGAAGUUGUCAGGAUGGGCAAGGAUUCAGCAUCAGAUUUGCAGCAGCAUAUAAACAAGGACAUGGAGGACAAAAUCAUUAAGCUGUUAGAGAUAUUCCCACAGAAGAGCAAGAAAGAUCUACUAGAGGUCAUCGAGAACACCAGCACCCUGGAUGGAGCUGUAGCACAUUGUUUGAUGAUUUAUGGGGAUGAAGAUUCAGGUGGGCGCAAAGACAAAGGGGGUCGUAGUGAUGAUGAUGAUCAGCCAAAGAAGAAGAGAAAAAUCCAGCGUUCAGAUUCUUCUGAGUCUGAAGAUGAAGAUUCCGAGGAUGAGGAGAGCGAGGAGCCAAGCAGAGAGAAACAGGAGGCCCUGCUAAAGAAGCUUAAAAGGAAACUGCCUGACAUUGAAAAAGAGGUCUUAAGAGAUAUCCUUAAAGAGCAUGACUGGGACUAUGAGAAUGCCUUGGGGUCGCUGCUUGUGUUUUCAUCAACAGAUACAAGUUCACCAGAAAAUCAGAAGUCAAAACAAAAGUCAAAAUCCUCGCACUCUAAGGAAAAAACUGACAAAAUCACACAAAGGCCCAGCGGCUCGUCUAGUCUGUCUCGAUGGCUGACAGCAGCAUCAUCUCAUGUGCCUGAAGUAUCAAGCAUGUCUGCUUUAAAAACACAAAAAUCUGCACUUAGCAAAAGCACAAGCAAGAACUCAUCCUUUAAAAGGAAGAGGGGCGAUGAAAUGCCACUAAAUGAUGUCAGCGCCUCUGAGGAUGAAGAUGAGAUUGACAGUGAUGUUGAUAGUAUGUCUGAUGAUCAGGAUUCGGAGGACGAGGACAGCAUCUCUGGCACUCUUCAGGACAAGAUCAUUCAGUUCCUUCAAGAUGCUUCCCUAGAUGAGCUCGCCCUGAUAUCUGGCUGCUCGAUCAAAAAAGCCCAGAAGAUCAUUUCACUGAGGCCUUUCAACACUUGGAAAGAUGUGAAAGAGCAGUUCUUUAAAGAUAAUGGCCUGUCUAUAGACCUGGUACAUGGCUGCAAAGUGGUGCUUAAGGAGAGGCAGGUGGUUCUAGACCUCAUGGGAAGAUGUGAGAAGAUUGCACAGAAGAUGACCAAAGAUGUCACUCAGGUCAUAGAAGCGGGCAUGGGCUCCAUCAAACAACCCAAGGUCCUGAACAGCAAUUUAAAACUUCAGGCAUAUCAGCUGAUCGGCUUAAAGUGGCUGAUUCUUCUUCACCAACAUAAGCUGAGCGGCAUCCUGGCAGAUGAAAUGGGGCUGGGUAAAACUAUUCAGGCCAUCGCUUUCUUGGCUCAUUUGUAUGAAAAAGGAAUCAAGGGCCCUCAUCUUAUUACCGUACCCUCAUCCACACUGGAUAACUGGGUACGUGAGCUGGGGCUUUGGUGUCCCAGUCUCAAAGUUCUUAUUUACUAUGGGUCUGUGGAAGACCGCAAAUACUUGCGACAAGACAUCCUCACUGGCUUAAUUGAUUUCAACAUCAUUGUAUCCACGUACAAUCUCACAAUAGGAAAUGACCAUGAUCGCAGUCUCUUCCGCAAGCUGAAGCUGAAAUAUGCAGUGUUUGAUGAGGGCCACAUGCUUAAAAACAUGAACUCGCUACGCUACCGCCACCUUAUGACUAUCAAUGCUGAGCACAGAUUACUAUUGACCGGAACGCCUUUACAAAACAACCUGUUGGAACUCAUGUCCUUGCUGAACUUCAUAAUGCCAUCCAUGUUCUCCAGCAGCACCUCACAGAUCUCCAAAAUGUUCUCUACGAGGUCCUCAGAAGAGGAAAGCAGUUUUCACAAGGACAGAAUCGCUCAGGCCAGACUUAUCAUGAAGCCAUUUAUCUUGAGACGAGUCAAGAGUGAGGUGUUGAAAGAACUUCCACCAAAAAUGGAAAAGAUUGAAAUGUGUCCAAUGAGUGAUGCCCAGCAUAAGCUGUAUGACAUACUUUUCAAAAGACUCAAGAAGACUCCAAAUGGAGACAAGAGGGAGCUUUGCAAUGUGAUGAUGCAGUUGAGAAAGAUGGCUAAUCAUCCGUUGCUGCACCGCCAGUACUAUACCAGUGACAAGUUGGCUGCCAUGAGUAAAGCCAUGCUUAAGGAGCCAACACAUUACGAUGCUGACCCUGCAUUGAUACAGGAGGACAUGGAAGUGAUGUCUGAUUUUGAGCUGCAUAAUUUAUGUAGGGAGUACAGCUCAAUAAGUGGAUUUCAACUGGAGAAAGCGCUCAUCUUAGAUUCUGGGAAGUUUGCACUGUUAACCAAGACGCUUGCCAAGCUCAAAGAAAAGGGUGACAGGGUGGUGCUCUUUAGUCAGUUCACCAUGAUGCUGGACAUUGUGGAGAUUCUGCUCAAACAUCUUGAUCAUCAGUAUGUUCGCCUGGAUGGUUCUACUCCCAUGGCGGAGAGGAUUGGUCUCAUUGACAAAUACAAUACAAAUCCUGAGAUCUUUGUGUUCCUUCUGUCGACUCGGGCUGGAGGUCAGGGAAUCAACCUUGCUUCAGCCAACACAGUGAUUCUGCAUGACAUUGACUGCAAUCCGUUCAAUGAUAAGCAAGCAGAGGACCGCUGCCAUCGAAUGGGGCAGACCAGAACAGUACAGGUGAUCAAGCUCAUCAGCAAGGACUCAAUUGAAGACUGCAUGCUUCGUGUGGGACAGGAAAAGCUAAAACUAGAACAGGACAUGACUACUGAUGAAGGUGAGGAUGGUGCUAUUACUGAACAAAUGGCUGAACUGCUCAAAGUCUCACUGGGCCUUUAAAACCUAAAGAACAUUUAAGUCAGAGCGUGCUACUUGUGCUUUUCCCACUCUUCAUCAAAAUUAAACAUGGCAACUUGGUGAUGUGAGGUUGGUAAGGACUAGCACUUUUUCCUUGUGUAUCCAGUGUUCACAUUUUAGACGAGAGCCAUUACAUGCAACCAAAUCUUGGACCAAUGUGCUGGAGGUAAAUAAGCUUGUGUUACUCAGGGACCACCUGAAAUGCUCAUUUUAAUUAUUUCUCUUAAUCCACUCUAGAGAUCCAUUUCAUAUAUGCCAUCUGAAAGAAUGUACCUCACAUAUUGUGCUCUGUUUAGCCUACUCGGGUUGUUUACAGAUUUGUGACUUCAGAGUUUGAAAACACUGCUGUAGAUAAUUGGUUUUUCUUGUUUUGUAACAGUUUUGUUGUUUAAUCUCUAUGUCCUUGUAUUGAGUUUUAUAAAUAAAGUAAACUACAUUUCCUU